AUGGCCGCCCGCCUUCCUCCUGGCAACCUCCGUUGCCGCCUCCUCCUGCUCUCCCUCUUGGUGCUGUCCCGGACUGGGCUCUCCCGAGCCUCUGCCGCAGCCCUCCGAGCUAAGGAUAGCAGUGGGGCAUCUGAAGGGACCAUUGCCUGGGAUGAAGACGUCCUAAAAUGGUGGGGGGAAUGGAGCUCUUGGUCAACUUGCUCACGUACCUGUGGAGGAGGAGUAAUGUCUCGGGAGAGACACUGUCUUCAACAGAGGCUUCUCACAUCUCAGGGGACAAGCAGCAUCAUGUGCACAGGUCAUUCUAAGGACUACCAUCUUUGCCACCAACAGCCUUGCCCAGCAAACUCAGACAGCUUUAAGCAACAGCAGUGUGCCAUUUUCAAUGGCAAAGCCUUUGGAAAACACCACUACCAUUGGAUUCCUCUCUACCCAGAUGAUUACAUCAGCAUCUCUAACAGACCAUGUGACCUUCAGUGUACCACCAAGAGUGGGGAGAGGCAGCUGAUAGUACAAGCACAAGAUGGAACCUCCUGCAAGGACCGGAUGUAUCAAGGAGUCUGCAUCAAUGGCCAGUGUGAGCCAGUUGGGUGUGAUGGUGGCCUUCACUCCUUCCAGACAAUGGACAGAUGCCGGGUUUGUGGCGGGGAUGGAAGCACAUGUUACCGAGUUUCAGGGAGCUUUCGAAAGGGGAUCUCACAGUUAGGUUACGUAUUCAUCACCAAUAUCCCUGCUGGUGCUACCGAUAUCCUUAUCAUCGAGCGCAGGAAGACGGAAAACAUUCUUGCACUGGCGGAUGAUGCUGGGCAUUUCUUCUUCAAUGGGAAUGCUGCUGUGGAUCCUCCUCAGAAUUUCCGAGUGGCUGGAACUGUGUUUAAGUACCGGCGCCCACCCAGUCUGCAUUCAGAAGGUCUGGAGUACAUUAUAGCCCAGGGUCCCACCAACCAGUCUUUGAAUGCCAUGUAUUAUAAUUUCAAUGGGAAGGUACCUCACAUAUCUUACGACUUUACAGUGCCGAAGGUUCAAGUACUAGCUCUCCACACAAAUGCUCCAGCUCCAGAGUCUCCUCUUUCUCUCCAUGGCCCACAUGCUUAUGGCCACCAGUACCGGGAUUUUGAUUCACCUGAGACUGGACCAACUGCUGACUUCAAUACCACUUGGAUCUCUGCCAUUGCCCCAGGGGAGGUGAAUGGCCAUAUUUCACUGGGAGGAGACACCAGGAAGAUCAGCUUGGGCCACAGAAACUUUAUUCAUAGGAAUGCUGCUACUGUUCAGGUUGAAGGUUGGGGUCGGUCCAUGGGACCAGAGGAAGAGAAGCUCCAUUUCCAAGUGGAACAAGCAUAUCCUACUACCAGAGGAGGAGAAGCAGAGAUGGCAACUGUUGGUGGAAAAGCAGAUUUGGAUUUCCAAUGGAGCCAGGUUUCCACCAGUACUGCCAUUCCCUACCCCAUGGUUGGUCCAGGGAUCCUGGAGAAGGGGCGAGCUGGAAUGACCCAAUUGCACAUCUUUCGGAAACUAUGUCACCGAGAUUCCCGACGGUCUGCCUUCUGCCGAAAACUGCAGCAGCUUUCCACUCCAGUGCGUGGGAGAAGCCCAACCCUAGAGCCCCUGGUCCAGCCAACCAAAGGCUGGCAGGAAGGACUACCCCAAAUACCCACCUCUAAAACAUUUCUUGAGGAUUUACUAAAAGCUGAGGCUGUAGGCAAACCAGAGAAGAAGGAGAAGGUAGUUUUUGCGAGUCCUACCAUGACAGCUGCUAAACAGAACCCUACAGCUGAUUCAAGCUUCCAGCCUUACAAUGGCCUUAAGCUGCUCCUCUCCCGUCGCCUCACCCUGGCCUUUCUCCUCAGCAAUGAUUUUAACGUGAGUCCUCCCGGUCACGAGGACAUCAGCCGGGCUGACAUGUACCGCUGGAAGGUCUCUGCCCAGGCCCCCUGCAGCUCCACCUGUAACUCAGGUAUCAGUGCCUCUUAUGCCAUGUGUGUGCGUUACGAUGGAGUGGAAGUGGAAGAGGCCUACUGUGAUGCUGUGACGCGCCCAGAGCCUGCCUAUGAACUCUGCACAGGGAGGGAUUGCCAACCUAGGUGGGAGACAAGUCGAUGGAGUGAGUGCUCGAGGACCUGUGGGGAGGGGCAGCAGGCACGAACGGUCCGAUGCUGGAGGAUGCUGGCCCCUGGCUUUGACAGCUCAGUCUAUGAUGAGUUGUGUGUGGCAGCUGGAUUGACCCGCCCUGUGGAAAAGAAGCCUUGCAGGAGCAAAGCCUGUGGUCCUCAGUGGGAACUCUCCGAGUGGUCCGAGUGCUCAGCUCGAUGUGGUGGGCAAGGGACCAUGCGGAGGGAGGUGCGCUGCUCCCUGGGGCCAUCUCUGUGCAAUGAGUCCACGAGGCCAGCUGGUGAGAAAGACUGCCUGGGUCCACCCUGUGAUCGGCAGUGGACUGUUUCUGAUUGGGGACCGUGCUCAGGUGCCUGUGGUGAAGGACGGAUGAGCCGAAUCAUCUCGUGUCGAAAUCUGGAGGGGAAAGUGAUCUCAGGUUCUCAGUGUGACCUGGCCACAAAGCCACUAGCUGUUUAUCCCUGUGGAGGUUGGAACUGCCCUGCUCACUGGGUGGAGCAAGGGUGGGAACAGUGCAAUGUCAGCUGUGGCCGGGGGAUAAAGGUCCGGAGGGUGCGGUGUGCAGGACUAGAGAAUGGAGUGUACCGUGAAUACCCUGAAGGGCACUGUGAUGUUUCCCAGAAACCUGAGGUACAGGCACCUUGUUUCAAGAGACCCUGUUCCACCUGGUUCACCACAACUUGGUCUCAGUGCAGUAAGACUUGUGGUGUGGGACUGAAGCUACGAGAGGUCAAAUGCUACCAAGGAGAGGAGCUGGGCCAGGGAUGUGACCCAAGUUCCAAGCCUGAAGCCAAGCAGACGUGCCAGAUCCAGCCGUGUCCUACGGAGGCACCGGAUGGAGACUGUGAGGACAAAGCCACAGCCAACUGUGCCCUGGUGCUGAGGGUGAAGCUGUGCACACACUGGUACUACCGAAAAGCCUGCUGUGGCGCGUGCCGUGGUAAAGCUCUCUGACGUGUCCGAGGGCUCGCGGGGACUGCUUCUUGCCAGGGGGCAGCUGCGGAAGGAAGCAUUCCCCCUUGUUGGCCACUUGUUUCUCUAGGAUCAUGGAGCAUAGAUGUAGAACUCCUUCUACAGAUAAGGAGACUGAGGCACGUCUGCCUCCUCUGUACUGCCUUCCACACCCCAAGUCUUGGAGGCAUUUCCUUCUUUCUUCAAACCUUCCCUGCUGCUGUUGAUCUCUUCCUAGAGUCCUACCUGUUUGUCUCUUUCCAAGGACCUUGUUCUCUUCCCUUUCCUUCCACAGCCUGGAAAUAAUGGAACUGAAUUAUUACUGGGUGCUAAUGGAGGUGGUGGCUGUGGUAGAGAACCCCAUUAGGCUAGGUGACAAGAGGGAAGAAACGGCGGAAGCUCUUCCCCUUGUCGCUUCCUGUCCCUUAUCCCCCUUGUCCCCAUUCCUCUGGUUGCAAGCUCAGGUAUGCAUUUUAAAAGCCCUGUUUCAUAAUUAAA